AUUGAACUUGAACUUGAACUUUGAAGUUGAAAAGUCGAGCUUCGCAUUCCAGUGUCUUCAACAAGAGCGUUCUUCUGCAAACAUCUGGAUGGUGCCAAUACAGCACUUUCACUGCUUUCAAAGAGAAGUGGCCGUGUUCACUUGUCCUCCUGGUUGUUGGUUCGCAGCUCGCACCAGAGCAAAUUGAUGCAGAUUGGACGCCACCAGUAACCAGCUGCAAUGGGGACUGGAGGAAGGCGCGUCAAAGAGGGUGUCAAAACGAGAAUUAUUGCUCCUGCUGAGGGCCUGCCCGGGCUGCCGCCUCCUUCCGAUUCAGACUCGUACACGAGUGACUCCCUCUCUGAUUCUUCUGACAGUUCGGGGUUCAGCAGCGGCUCCGAUGUCUCCAGCCCGCGACGAGGGGGUCAUGUUCGGAGAAGGUCACCUCCUCCUGCGGUUGACAAAAGGGCCACCCUGAAGCAGCGGGAAAGGAGCCCCCAUGAGCGGGAGCGCACUGAAAGGAAGAGGCGACGAUCUGAGGACGAGGACUACCAUCGCCGUCAGCGCACUCGAUCCCCUCGGCGGCGCAGCCCCUCGCCAAGGCGGCCAUCUCUGCCCCCCCGGAAGCAAGAGAUGUCUCAUAAGCGCCCUGCAAGUCAUAGCGGAUCCCCCAGUCCCAGCGGGAAACGGCCCCUGACACACCGGCAAGAGGUCGGCAAAUUUGAAGAGGAAGAAGUCCGUUUUGUCGAGAGGGAUGUGCGCGUGCUGGGCAGAGAAAAGGACGAUACCAACAGAGGGGGAGUCGACGGUGCUUCUGACGGCAAGGGGGGUUCAGGGUCGCGGGUAGUGAACGGGAAGGUUGCAAUUUCGGUUGGCCCCCGAAAAGGAGGUGAGAUGAAGCAGAGCGGGGCUGACAUGGAGCUCGGAAAAAAAGACGAGAAAGAAAAGGACAAGGGGAGUGUUCUUGCGGGGGUUGACGAAAAAGCAGGGGACGAAGGUGGUAUCGAAACGGGGGGGCUGACGCAGGGGGCUGAAGACGUUGGAGCUUUCCCCCUGGAUGAUGGCGUUCCUGUGGUAGGUCUGGAAGGGGAAGCUGAGAAAGGGGAAAUGGGAGACGGUGGGGAAGCGACACGAGGGCGAGGGGUCGAUGGGGGGGCCUCUGAGGGGGCUGGGGGGAACGUCAGCGGUUUCGGAGAGCAGCGAGAAGAGUCAGAAGAGAAGGAACUCUUUGAGAAGGACGGGCCCGAAGAGCUUGGUGCGCAGAAAGGGAGAAAGAGUAGCAGGUGGGAUCGGAAGGCGUCGCCAGAUAUCGAAGAGGAAGGAGAAGUUGGUCUAGGAGUGGAAGCAGAGAUUGCACACGGCGACGGGGAAGUGAAGGAGAGUGAAGAUGCAAGGCACGGCGACAGUUCUCAUGAUAGGACGGAGGGCGCUUCUCUUGAGAGGAGGGGGGAUGAUCAAAGGUCUGUAGAGAUGGGGGUGGAUGAGAGGAGGGGUGAGGCGGAACGGUUCGAGAAGAGAAGAGAGGAGGAUAAGUACGAGAGGCGGGGAGACGACUGGCGGGAAGACAGGAGGCGGGACGAGCGAUAUGACGACGAGCGGCGGAGGGACGAGCGCCAUGAUAGGGCCCCGGACCGUUUUGAGAGGCCGAGGGGUGGGCGAUUUGAGGAUCCGCGGAAGAGAAGGGACGAUCGGUAUGACAAUGAAAGUUCCAGAGACCGUCGGUUCGAGGACCGUGGGGAUCGAUUUGAGGGCGAGAGAGCGAGAGAAGGGCGGUUCGAUGACCGGAGGCGCACGGAGCGGGACCACGGACGGCCAGACGAUAGGAGAUACGAGGGGAGAGGGUAUGGCGACAGAGGUCACCAAGAUCGGGGCUAUGAUGGUCGGGGCCCGGAGAGACCGCGGCCUCCAUUCCGAGAGGACAGAACGGAACGUCGUGACGGGCGGAACUUCGAGGAGAGGGGCUGGGAACGGGGCCGGGAGCACGCGGCGAAGGCAGCACCGUAUGAAAGACCCGAGACUAUGCAAGCAGACCGGGAGGAGCGCGCGAGGAACUCUGGCAGGGGGGGGUGGGGCGCACAGAGGGGCGGGAGUUUCAAGCAGCCAACGGAAAAGUGGGGCCAUGAUAAGUUUGAUGAGAUUAACCAGCAGGGAAAUGAAGUCGGAGAGAUUGUGAAGGAGGACCCUUAUGCCAAGAUAGAAGCUCUGUUGGCAAUGUGAUCUGACAUCUGUCAAGGUGACUCAUGCAAUUGUAGGAUUCCUGAGUCUGACAUGCAAGUAGAGUUGCUCGGAUCGAGUUGCUCUGCUCUUUUAUGUUGGUGCUUGUUGCUCCUGGCAAGCUAGUCAGGACGGUGCAACAUGUGCGACCGUCGUG